AUCGGACAGCUCACUUAUCCAUCCGCUCGUUACCUGCAGCUGCUCAUCCACCCCCAUAACCGAUGCCAGUCCGCCUGCCAUCCGACGAAGGGCGGCUCGUGAGGGUCAGUGGCCUGGGUCUGAAUGCAGCCAGCGGCCCGCAGAAUGGCCUGGCGCUUCGUCUUCCUUUCAGCGUCGCGCUUGGCCUUGUCUUUCUGUGCCUUCUCCGCCGCUUCCAUCCUCCUCGCCUCCUCGUUCUUGGCCGCGAUGGCCUCGUCACGGGUGGCGUAGGUGGCGACCUUGAUCUGGCGGCCUUCGUAGGUCAUGGAGUAGACGGAGGGGCGUCGGGCAGCCGCUGCUGGUGCUCGUGCCGGGCGGAUGCUGGGGGGGAGGGGGGGAUGGCCAGGGCCUGAAAGAACAGCACGACGAGAGAGAGAGAGAGAGAGAGGGAGAGAAAGCAUCUCUGCACUGCCUGCCUCUUUUCCUUGGCUGGCUUCCAAGUGAACGCAGCCCACCCACCCGUCGCACUCACCUCUGUGCUGCCAUGAGCGAUGCUGGUGGGUGUGGUGCGCGGCGUGGGCGGCGGAAUGCAUCGCCACGCCUUCAGGGGAUUGUGCAGCUGAGCUGCUGCCACCUACAGUGCAGUCAAAACAACAAGGGUACGUAGAUUCCCCAUUGAACGAAUGCACAUUUGAAUCAUGCAUGCUUCCCCAUCCGUCCCACCGCACUUACGUCCUGUGGUGGUGCCGCUGCUGUGCGCUGCCCGCGGGCGCAUGUCCUGAUGCGUCGCACCCUCCCGGCGCUUGAGCAUCAUUAUCAAUGACUCUGCAUGCGUCGCUGGCGGUUGCGGCUGCCACACGCCGAUCCGACACACUCUCUGCGCGGAAAUCGCCUUUUGCAGCC